UUUAUAUCAAGGUGUAUAUGAAGAUUUAGAGAAAAAAAUGAAUUGGUGCCUAACAAUUGGACAAUUCUAUGCUUCAAUUGAUAUGAAUUUCAAUCAAUUAUGUAUAACAUCAUUGUGUGAAUAUGAAUUUCCCACUAUGUUACCAAUAGUAGUUUCAAAUAAACUCAAUGAGAAUCGUAUCUUACCAGCAUUAUGCUCUGAGAAUGGAUUUAGACGUAUGGAAUCAAUAUUUUUACCACCAGCUUCAUUCACAAUUAUUACUCCUUCAUUGAUAAGAGAUUGUAACAAGAAUUCUAUGGAAGAAUUAGAAGUUGAUUUAUUUAAAUUCUUAGUUGAUCAAAUAAAUGAUUCUGAUUGUAUAUAUACAGUAUCAUCAAGAUAUUUUCAAGGGUUUUCAACUGAUCAACGACAAGGUUGUCGAUGGUUUAAUCUAUUUUCUGGUGCUGAAGGCAAUGACUCUAACAUUAGUAGUAGUACUAGUCUGUCAACUGUUGAAUAUACUGAUAAAAGUUCAAAAAUUUGUUUAUUUGCUUGGUCGAAACCAAUCUAUGCUAGAAUGAUUCAUGAAGAAGUCUACUGUAAACAAUUGAAUCGAAAAGAUAAUAACACUGAUGUUAUUUCUUCAUCUAUGCCUACGUCAGAUUUUCCAUUCAGAGUUAUGGCACAAAGUUUAGGUUGUCUACACGCACGGUAUGUUCCAGUUGACAGUCUUUCAAAGCGUAUACCAUCAUCAGUAUUUAGCUCUUCUUUGUUACUGGAUCAGUUCACAUCAUCAUCAUCUUCGUCAAGACAGUAUCAUUGUGAAGGAACUGCACAUGGUCUAUUACUUGAUUUAUUUGGCUUACCGGUCAUAGAUCGUACCGGAGAAUUAUUUAUCAAGCAUCAUCAAGAUAAAAAUUAUCCUGCCUCUGGUAUAAAAUCUGAUUCUUUCAUGAUACCAUGUCGUUCAUUGGAUAUGUUUUUAAAAGGUCUUAUGCGUUUGAUUAUGUUAUGGUGUUCUUCAAAUCAAUCCUUGUCUAAUGCUAAGAUUCAUUCAUCUAGUGAUGGUAGCAGCAGUGGUAAUGGUAUUAACACCAACAACAUCAGGCAUCAUGAUUCUACAAUUGCAAUUGAUCAGGAUAUUGUUAACUCGAUAAUUGAGUCGAAGGAGAUAGAUGCAUUUUUGGUUGAUCAUCUACAAUUAUGUCUCAGUUUCAAUAUACCUUCUUCUAUAAUCUCUAAUUCAAGUUUAUUGCAUACAUCAAGUAUUUCAAGACGUUUAAUUGCUUAUCUACUAAAUAAAAAAUUAUUUCUUGACAGUACAUUAGGUGCUAAUAUUUUUGCUAAUUUAUCACAAAUUCUACCAGAUCAUAGUACACAAUUAAUUUAUUUACUAUCUGGUUCAAUAAAUGAUCCAAUUCUUCAUAAUACUAUUCAAAGUAACAAUAAUAUUAUAGAAGAUUCAAUAUUAUUACAAAUUAUUAAUUGUAUUUGUCCAUAUGGUGGACAAAGUAAAAUUAGUUUAAUACAAUUUAUUCAAGGUUUUAUUAAUCUAGCUUUAUCUAUUCAACCUGAUUUAACGACAUUGAUAAAUCAAACUAUAAACUCUACAUUCUUGAGUCAAUUAGAGAAUUAUCUAGUCUCACAUGGAGUGAAACAACGUAGAGCUAGACAUGAAUUAAGUCUUUUAUACCCUUCACCUCCAUUACAACUACAAACAUCAUCUUCAUUAUUAUUAUUAUCAUCUGUGAAUCAAAUAGAAAGUGAAAUCUUAACAACUUCUAAUACUACUGAUCAUUUAUCAACUGGACAAUCUAUGAAUGAACAGGCAACUUCAUUGACUUCAUUCGAUCAAAUACGUUCCAAAUCACAAACAUUUAAUCAACAAAGUACAAGAUUUGAUACAACACUUAAUAAUGCUAUGCAAGCUGCUGCAGCUCCUUUUAUUCGCCUUUCAAAAGAAACAGGACAAAUAAUUGAUAAUCUUCAGUCUGUAUCAACCUUUUGGUCACAUGAUAAUACAAGUCUUCCUGAAUACUUAACAACUCGUUUACAUCGUAUCCUAUCAAAUCCAUCUGAAAGAUCAACUGGUAUUGGUCGUAUAGGUGAAUUGUAUAUUUAUCAUACACUUCUGGAAUAUAUUCAUCGUAAUGAACAUCAUCAGAGUAAUUUUGAUGAGGUAACUAGUUAUGAAUUCCCUACAGGUCAUCCAAUACUUGGUGUUGGCCGACUUAUAAGAUGUAAUUGGUGUAAUGCAGAUACGGAGUCUUUAAGACCAUAUGAUGUUGAAGUGGAUGUUCAAGUUGAAUGUGAUGCAAAUAAAUGGGAAGGAUUAUUAAGAAGUUUAAAAGAUGAACUAGCUAACAAUGUUGUUCGUGUUCUGCGUAGUCCUUCUUCACGUCAAGAUACUUCUUCAUCAUAUUCAUCUUCAAGAUCAGGUCUAUUAUCAGUUGGUCCUAUAUUCCUUGAGGUUAAGUCAACUGUGAAGUCUGCAACCAAUCAUAAUAACAGUAAUAAUAACGAUAAUAAUAAUAAUAACAGUAAUAAUGAGAUGGAUAUCAAUGCUGAAACAGAUCUAUUUGAAUUCUCAUUACCUGAAGUUGUAUGUGCAUCUCAACAAGGUUGGCGUUAUCAUUUAUUACGUGUAAUAUGGAAAACUGAUAUCAAUCCAGAUGUAUUACAAAUGACUAGUGUAUCAUCAUCUGCUCCUAAAGUUAUUCAUAUCCCAGAUUUAGCUGGUGUACUAAAACAGAAGUCAGUAAAUUUAAGAUUAUGCCUAGCCAUGUUACGAAGUGAAUGAUUGAUAAAAUGAAGAGAAGACUUCAAACUGUAUAAUACAUUAUAACUAUUAUCAUUUUUGAUCCAUUGUAAUUAAAUAUCACUUUUAUACUCAGUUUAACAAUAUUAUAUUUUCAAUAUGAAGAAAACGUUUCAAAAUAUAAUUUAUAUGGAGUCA